GGUGCCUAGGACAUUUGCACAGUGAGGUGGCUAGUUAUGUAAGGGUGAGAAAAGCACACUGGUCUGUUACUGUUUGAGGGAGGGGCCUCCUUUAUAAAAGUGUGGAAGCCAGCCGACUUGGUUGUCAAACCUGUCACCAUGGCGAUAUGGGGGAUUUUGGUUGCCAUUGCUGCAUUUCUAGAGGCGACCUCUGCGACCUCUCUGGGCGUGGUGUUGACGGAGGGUGGCAUGGUGGAAGGACAGAACAUUCGUCUUGGCUUCCGUCGUCACAUGGACAUCUUCAGAGGCAUUCCCUUUGCUGACUUUCCUGGACGGUUUGAGAAACCAAAGCGUCACCCCGGCUGGGACGGAGUUCUGAAGGCCACUGAGUACAGGAAGAGAUGCCUUCAGGUGAAUCUGUUGAUGAAUGAUCACAGAGGCAGUGAGGACUGUCUGUACCUGAACAUCUGGGUUCCUCAUGGAAGCUCAGUGUCCUCUGGUCUGCCCGUCAUGGUGUGGAUAUUUGGAGGAGGUUUCUUGGCUGGAGGCUCAAUGGGAGCAAACUUCUUAAAUAACUAUCUGUACAGUGGGCAGGAGAUUGCAGACAGAGGAAACGUCAUCGUGGUGACUGUGGGAUACCGUGUGGGAACUCUGGGCUUCUUAAGCAGUGGAGAUGCCAGUUUACCAGGAAACUACGGUCUAUGGGACCAACAGGCCGCCAUCGCCUGGGUGCACAGAAACAUUCGCUCAUUUGGAGGAGAUCCAGCCAACAUCACCCUUUUUGGAGAAUCUGCAGGUGGUGCUGGUGUCAACUUUCAGGUGAAAAACUACCCAGAACUCACUUUUUAA